CUUUUGAUUUCAAACCGCAAAAGCCAGUAGAAAUCGGAGAAUAGGCUGGUUUCGACUCUCCGAAAUCCCAAAGGGAAAAGAUAUAUGUUAAGAGAGAGAGAGAGAGAGAGAGAGAGAGAAAGAGAGGCAGAUAGAUAAGGAAUGGAGGAGGGGAUCCGUAGCUUGAGCAGAUCUUUAGCUUCAUUCUGCAACCACCUGGAGUCGAGUUGCUACGCUCUCAAGCAAUCCCUCGAUCGCCGUCCCAUCCCUCUUGAUUCGGUUUCAUCGAGUUUUAUAAAGAGCCUGAACCGCCGAGUAUCGGGCGCGAGCGGCGAUCUCAACGUGCUCGACUCAAUGAUCCUCGGUACCGUGUCUUUCGAGGAGCUUUUGGGCCACUGCAACGAGGUUUACAAGAAGAACCAGAGCGAUCUUUCUGAGCUCCAAGACCGCCUCAAGAGCUUAGGAUACCAUGUUCCUGACGUUGAAAUCAGUGAUGAAGAAGAGGUUCCCGAUUUAUCUACAACGCUUUGCUUGGAAUCCAAGGAAGGAUUGGCUCCACCAUCUUCUUAUUUCGGACAAGACUGUACGACGGGUUCUAUUAUCAAGAGUUUGGAAGAAGAUGCAUUAUUAGACGAGUCACUCAGUUUGAAGAAGCUUGGCCUUUCGGACGCUUGCCUUGCGACUUUAGCAUCUGGAGCUAAUGGUCAGAUUGAGUCUGAAGACUCUGAACACGGAAAACGCACAAUUUGUGGGGAAGCAGAUGUGAACCAGAAAUCAAAUGAAGCCCCUAAGCCUCUGAUUAAGAUAUCAAUUGAUGAUUAUGAGAGUCUUCCUUCUUACAUGAAAGGUCUAGCACUCUGGGAGCUGCUUUCUAAAGUAGAUCAGCUCUGCCCUCUUGCUUUCAUACCGACACAACUGAAUGACCAUCUGUUUAAGCCGGCCUUUGGUGGUAUAAAGCGUGCUACUGUUCAUGAUCUACUUGAGGCUGUCGAGAAGAUCAAUUCAAGCCUGAGCAAAAAACAGAGAACGAAGGGAAGCAACUACUUCCACCAAGACGAAAUAUCAUCAUUGGGGUUGGGACCUAAAGCAAGAUCUUAUUUGCUGUUACUUGUACGCAUGAAUCGGUUGGUUGUAGAGACCAUUGAUGGAUUGAUAUCCUACCGAGUUUUGUAGAUGAGACAAUCCAAUAUAUAAACUGUAAUCCUGCCAUCAGAUUUAACUUGUGUUACGUACUUGCCCAUUUGGUGCCUAGCAUUAAAUAAUGGAGCGUGUGUAUACAAGAUUCCGUUUGUCACUUGAAUAAUCAAUAAACGUAAGAUUAUUUAUUUA